AUGAAGCGACAAAAGAAGAACUCUGCAAGCUCGUAUACAACUCAGCAUGAGAAUCCAACCAACAGCGACGGACCCCUCUUCUUCUACAUGCCAGAUACCAUACACGGCGAGUUCUGCCAGUGGUUCCCCUCCACUUUCACCAUGAGCAAGACCCAGAUAUCCUCACUAAUCGGCGACGCCAUACGCGACGCCGACGCCGAGGAUAGCAUCACUUUCACCUGCGCCGAACAGUUCAUGAUGUACUGCAAAGCCGGCCGAUUCCACGACAAAGAGACGCAAAGACGAGUGCUCGCAACUACCUCGCCGAAGGAGCAGAAACGCCUAGGCAAGUUGACGGCAGGUUUCACAGACGCGAGCUGGGACGAGGUUAAGAGUGCGGUGGUUGUGGCUGGUACCAUUGCAAAGUUCGGACAGAAUCCAAAAUUGAAGGGCAAGCUGCUUGCUACUGGUGAUCGGUUGCUGGUGGAGGCAGCAUCAAGGGAUAGGGUAUGGGGUAUUGGAUAUACGGCCAAGCAUGCCAUGUCGUAUCGGCAGCAUUGGGGGGAGAAUAGGUUGGGGAAGGCACUUAUGGAGGCUAGAGAGCAUCUGCGGCAGUAAGAUGCGAAGAGGGAUGAUAACGAGAUUGAAUCAACGCAGCUUCUACGGACCUGAAGUUGUAUGUUACCACGAGGCUGCGGCCGUUGAAAACACGAAACGGGACUUUAAAAGGAGGAGAUCAUGGACAUUCUGAUCAACGAUCAAUCACGCAGAGGGAAUGUGGGUUGUCCAGAUGUCAAACGGGAGAAAGGACUCGAUUAAAGAGUGAAAGUAAGGGUCUAGAGGCUCUGUAUAUACAUGAAAAGGUGGCAAAUUGGUAUAACGGAUCUUCGGUAAUAGAACCCUUUUACC